AUGAGAGCAGCAAAGAGGGGAACAUCAUUGAAUAAUGUUUCUCCGCCUCACACCCUCACCAGUCAGCCUGUCAAGACUCAGGCCGGCGUCAGUCGCAUUUCUCAGCUUCUUUCUAUCACUCUUCAGUCGCAUCUUCACUUUAUUUCUCAGAUCCAUCAGAUUCUUCAGUCGCAUCUUCUUCACUCUUCAGUCGCAUUUCUCUGCCGCAUUCUUCAGCUUCAUCUUGAUUCUUCGUUGAUGCCUAAUACUACGAGACGACAAGUGGCUAUGAAAUUUAUUCAGAGGUUGGAUGAGGAGGCGGGAGAGGGCACAAGUCAGGUGCCACCUGCUAAUGUAGAUCAACAUGAGCCACAGAAUGAGGCUGAUUCUCAGGCUUCCGGGGCAGCACCCCCACCACCCCUGAAAGGGCGUAGAGGAGCUAACAUACCUCCAGUCCCUCUCCCAGUUGUUCCUGAUCAGGACCUAGAGAUGCGGAGUGCUACCCUCGGUAUUGCUGAUAGGUCCGUGAGUGCGAGAUUUCGGGACUUUAUCAACUUGGAUCCUCCAGUAUUUACAGGGGUUGAUCCUAAUGCUGACCCACAGGAUUUUCUGGAUCUUAUGCAACGGACCUUACAAAUUAUACAUGCCAUAGAUGUUGAGUCAGUGGAGUUUACUUCUUAUAAACUACGUGAUAUUGCUGUGACAUGGUAUGAGACUUGGAAGCAGACUCGGGGGCCCAAUGCGCCACCAGUGACAUGGAAGGAGUUCUCUGAGGCAUUUUUACAUCACUAUUUGCCAAUUGAGCUUCGAAGAGCCCAACGAGAUAGGUUCUUACACUUAGAACAGGGUAAUAUGAGCGUUCGGGAAUAUAGCAUGCACUUCAACUCUUUGGCUAGGUAUGCUCCUACGAUUGUUGCUGAUAUGAGUGAUCGGGUACACCGGAGUCCAUCUCAUCCGGUAGCCGAUGCGCCAUCACAGUUUCAGGGAAAGCGACGUGAUCGGAUCACUUAUUCUGGUCCAGGUCAGAGUUCACGGACCCCAGGUCCACAGUUUAGAGGCGAGUCCAGUCAGAUGAGGCCUCAGUUUCCCAGAUGUGAUCGAUGUGGCCAAAAUCAUUUCGGACCAUGUCGCCAGGGUUCUGAGACAUAUUAUGCAUAUGGACAACCAUGUCAUAUUAUGAGACAUUGUCCGAUGACAGGCGGAGGGGGUAUGGCUCAGCCGACGGCAUCUGCAUGGGCUUCUUCUUCUUCUUCGGUACGUCCUCCUUGGCAGAGUAUGCAAACAUCAGCUGGCAGGGGUAGGGAAAGAGUUGGAGCUUCUGGUUCAGGAGAUCCUGGUUCUACAUUGUCGUAUAUCUCCCUCUUCGUUGCUAGUAAAUGGGAUAGAGAGCCUGAAUUGUUGCAUAAGUCAUUUGAGAUUCAUGACCGCCAUACGUUAGUUGAUUUGCAUGAGCUAGAAAUGGUUGAUUUUGAUAUCAUUAUGGGUAUGGAUUGGCUGGCUUCUUGUUAUGCCAAUGUAGAUUGCUGGACAAAGAUUGUUCGUUUUAGUUUUCCAGGUGAGCCUAUUAUUGAAUGGAAAGGUGAUGCUGCAGCGCCUAAGGGGAAGUUUAUUUCUUACCUUAAAGCUCGAAGGAUGAUUUUGAAGGGGUACAUCUAUCAUUUGGUACGAGUGCAUGAUAUGGAGGUGAAAUCUCUAACCCUUCAAUUGGUUCCCGUCGUGAAUGAAUUUCCCGAUGUAUUUCCUGAUGAACUUCCUAGUCUUCCUCCCGAAAGAGAAAUCGACUUUGCCAUUGAUUUAAAGGAUCUUCUGGAUAAGGGCUUUAUCAGGCCCAGUACUUCUCCCUGGGGUGCACCGGUAUUGUUUGUUCGUAAGAAGGACGGUUCGUUUAUCGACUAUCAUCAGCUCAACAAAGUGACUAUCAAGAACAACAACUUUUAUGGAUUUAACAAUCGGGUUUUCAAGCCAUAUCUAUAUAUCUUUGUAAUUGUUUUCAUUGGUGAUAUUCUGAUUCAUUCUCGAUCAGAAGCAGAACAUGAGGAUCAUUUGCGUGUGGUGUUUCAGACUUUGAAAAAUCGGAAAUUAUAUGCUAAAUUCAUUAAAUGUGAGUUCUGGUUGAAUUCAGUGUCUUUCCUUGGGCACAUCGUUUCUGAUGAAGGUAUUAAGGUAGAUGGUCAGAAAAUUGAAGUAGUACAAAAUUGGCCUAGACCCACAACUCCUACGGAAGUUCGUAGUUUCUUGGGCUUAGCUGGUUAUUAUCGAAGAUUUGUGGAGAACUUCUCUUCUAUUGCUACUCCCAUGACAAAAUUGACACACAAAGCCGUUAAGUUCCAAUGGUCUGAUGCCUAUGAAAGGGGAUUUCAUGAGUUGAAGAAACGCUUAACAUCAACACCUGUUCUAGCACUUCCUGAGGGAUCUGAAGGUUAUGUGGUAUAUUGUGAUGCAUCUAGGAUUGGAUUGGGAUGUGUUCUAAUGCAGCAUGGAAAAGUUAUUGCAUAUGCUUCGAGGCAGUUGCGGAAGCACGAACACAAUUAUCCGACUCAUGAUAUUGAGUUAGCAGCCGUUAUAUUUGCCUUGAAAAUAUGGCGUCAUUAUCUUUAUGGUGUUCAUGUGGAUAUCUAUACAGAUCACAAAAGUUUACAAUAUAUAUUUAAGUAG